ACAAGCCGCAUGUUUGGUACAGUCAGUCUGAUGUUCAGGAGAUAUUUAAUUCCAUACUGUGGGAAUCCUGUAUUGUGCCAAGAACGGGACAAAGCCUCACGAACAUUCAGGCUAGGAGGUGCUGGAAUGGUAGAUGCUAAAAUUUGAGCUGCCAAUUAAAAACUUUAAGUGUCAUUGAAAUCGUGGAUUAAUAUAAAACUUUAUUUCACCAAAGCAAAUUUUCAAUUAUGGAUCCAGAACAAAGAAAACGAAUCACCUCAAACAUCACUUUUUUGAAAGAACGGUUGGGAUAUUUGGACCCAAUUCUCGACCGUCUUGUGGAGAAAAAUGUGUUGACAAUGGAACAGAGAGAACGGAUCGAGAAGGUGCAGCCACCCACCCCACACAAAAAAUUCAACGAGUUCAUUCAGUUUCUGCUGGCUUCGCCGGACUCUGGAACGUUUCCUAAUUUUAUUACGUCUUUGGAAGAAGAACGAUUUUUCAAUAUUGUUGAAAAACUACAAAAGGAUGUUCCCGGAAGGAAGUCCGUAUCACGCGACACCUACGUCAGACCUCAGACAAGCGUCUCCCGUCCAACUACAGCGGGGGUGAUACAGCAACAGAGCACUGAACCUGUAGUAGCUGCAUAUCCAGAAAGAGCGGUAAGAUCAAAGACAACGAUAUACAGACAACCAGCGUAUCAUCUUGUCGACGACGACACGGAUACCACUCCAUCCGAAUCACCCGCUCCCCAAAGUCCCUCCCCCGUCAGCCGACCUAAAACCUCAAAUCACGAUGCACAUUACGGAGGCUCUAAAAUCGCUGACAGAGUAACAGUUGCUGUGGGUCACAUGUUUGCGGAGUUCAGUGGAAAACUGACCAAUGAUCUUUUGGAUGGAUUUGAAAGGAGACGUCACGAGGAAAGGAUUGAUAUGGAAAUACGAAUUGAGAAGAAAAUUGAACACAUCGUCGAGAAACGUGUAGAUGAAAAACUUGUGACGUUCAAGCAAGAAUGGGAGGAAGAGAAAUCGAACUACUUACAGGGUAAUCAGAAGGCUCUCAAUUCUCUUCAUGACAGCAUUGAGAGAUUGCAAGCUUACCAGGAGGAAUACCUCCAACUCAAACAAAAGUACGAGCAGCUACAACACACUCACUCUCAGAUGCGCGAUAAAGAAAACGAGAGGUGGCAGAAGCUGUCUUCUUUGAACAAAGAAAACAACCAUUUGAAGAACGAUGGAGAAGUUUUGCGAGGACAAAUCAUUGAACUCAGGGAUCGAGUUCACGAGCUGGAGAGUGACAACCGAGUCAUGAAGGACAACGAGAUCCAGGAUCAAUGCAAGAUCAACCAGCUGGUGGCUGACAAAGAAGAUCUUUUAGCCGAGCUAGAGAGAACAGAACGCGAGAAGAUGGACCUUAAGAUGCGGGUAGACACUCUCUCACGAGAGAUCGAGAAGCUGUUGAAUAACCAACAGGAACGUGCCAGCCAAGAAGACAAGGCGUAUCAAGAUGCGCUGCGUAAACAAAAUGACCGUUUGGACGAGUUGUAUAAGGUCGUCCAAGCUCUUUCUGAUCGGGAUCGACAGACAAGAAAUUUGUUCAUCGGUGGUUCCACCAUGUCAAAGACUAUCAGAACGUCCUCGAGACCACCAAAAUAAGAGUUACCUUACGCUCGGAAGUCCACGUAAAAUAUAUACAUCUUUGGUUUGGUUUAUUUUAUUGUUUUGCAUCACAAAGCACACACUAAAUUCUGUUGAAUUAUUACUCUGUUAAAGAUCAGUGAAUUGGUAUUAUUAUAGACAUGAAGUAAUGUAAGUAUAUAUAUAUAUAUGUUGUUUCGAACUUCACUAAUUCGUAUCAUUUGUUUCCGUAUAACAAUAUCACUGAGAAAAGUUUUCAUAUUUUCAGUAAUUACAUAUAUUGAUGUAUUCAUUAUCAUCUUAGUGCAUGCAUUCGGCUAUGAUCAUUGUUGAUUUAUAAGUACAGAUAUUAUUGUACAGUUUGAUCUUUUAGAACAUGUAUAUGACUGAGAACCUUCAAUGUACUAAUAUUUCGUUAAUAUGAGUCACAAUAAUUCGUUUGUCUUCUCAACAAUUUCUCCUUAAUGCUUAAAAAAAAUUACAAAUAUUGUUUUGGAAUUUCAGAGACAUUCUGUCUCAUCUCUAUUCAAAGAGUUUAAAUUAUUGAUUUUAAUCGGUUAAUCUUCGGACAACCCUGCAUUUUGUGGUGUUUUGUUUCUAUUGUAUGAAAUCAGUCUUCCAACAUUUAGAAUUGUUCCAUGCACUGCUUUAAGUUUUGUUGAUAUGCCAAGUUUCAUAUUGUGUUCAUAUUUUUUCAUAUAUGUACUUAGUACAUCCGCGGAAUAAAUGUUUCUCAAUUAUUAUUCAACCAUUGUAGAUUUUGCAUGAUUAUAAUAUGAUCUUAUUCCUAAUCAAUAAUCUCAUUAUUUUUUAUAAUAUUUAUUACGUUGAUUGAGAAUGAAAUGCUCAAAGUAGAUAAAUCUAAGUUAUCUAUCAAUUUUCUGUUUUUUAGGUUUAAAGUUUUCAAUCAGCGUGUUAUUUAUGCAGUAUUUACGGCUUACUCCAAAACCACUGUACUGUGACGAAAUCAGAACAAGUUAUUUUUUUUAUGAAAAUAAUUCUUAUUUAUAAACUGUUUUACAAAAUAAAAAAAAAUGAAUUUUCAUGAAA